ACCGCGACAAAAACAAACAUUUUUGAGCUUUGCAUUCGUUAAGACAGUUAUAGCAUACUGGUGCUAGCUAACUUGGUAAACCAGUUCAAACAUUUCUAGUAAUUAUGAGGCGUAGCUCCACGAAUUCAUAUAUUAUUUUGAUAAUGUCUUAUUGUGUUUCCCAAACCGUAUGAGGUCAGUCAUGCCCCUGCAGGCCGUCUCCUUUCCUUUGCCUGAAACUCGAUUCUUCAAAGCCGAUAGUUUGAUCUACAAGUUCAAGAUCAGCGGAGGCAGGAGCUUGAGAGGAGAGGAGGCUGUGGGAGAAAACCUCCAUGAGGAACUGGAGGAAAUCAUCAGGGCCGUGCUUGGCAACCUGGACAGUCUCCAACCUUUCUCUAGUGCCCACUUCAAUGUCUUCCCUUAUAAGAAGCCGUGGGAGGGAGCGUCGAAGGUGACGUGCACACACGGGGAGAGGAGGCUGAGAGCUUACCCGUUUAGUCUUGUCCUCUACCUGGAGAAAAACCCACAGAAUGAGGGAGCAAAGCAAGCGGCAGAGAAUUUACGCCCACAGAAAGACGUCGCAAAGCCUUUCCACCGUGUGUCUGAACCCCCUUCGAAGCGCCGUAGGAGGGAUUCACCACUAGAGGAGGCCAUUCUAAAGGAGUUACACGAGGACAUGGAGGCUCAGGGCAAGGUUUCGGUGCUUGGCAGACCUUCCCUGCACUGCCCACAUGCACAGAAGCAGGUCGGAGAGGAUCCAGGACAUGUUGACAAGAAGGCUUCCACGGCGUUUGAUGAACGCCGGCAGAAAGCAGGUGUGAACACGGUCAGAGGAAGAAGGACUGCGGAUGAAGUGCCCUGUGGGUCCAUGCGGCACAUGGGAGAGGAGGAGGAGGAGCUUGACCAGGAGCUUGGCUCCGUGGCCGAGACGCCCGCCAGGCCGGGGAUGUUGAGUCGACUGGUCAGAGGAAUCUUCCCCUUCUCCUUGCUCUUCAGAAAACCCUGAGGGCGGUGGUAGAGGGACCGGAGAUGUUACUGGUCGCAGCAGUGGAAACGCACCAGGGUUUGUUUGGAUAAAGUUAACCAACAAAUACGUUUUAAGUUUAAUACGUUUUUAGCUGAGAUUUCAUCUGUUGCACUUAUUAUUGGAAGUUCUGUUUCAGCUUUUUGUUGUAGCUCUUUAUUGAUACCAUAAGCAAUAAAUACAGUUAUCUCUUUGUUUCCAUGGGUUGUUUUUUUGUGAUUUAAUGUUUCUGUUCAUUCACAAAUGUAGAUGUAUGGAGACCUUGCUGCUAUGAAUGACUUCUCUACUUUUGUGUAUAGUUCUCUUCUUACCACUAAAUCAGUGACCUCAUUGUGGAAAUGAUUUCUUCUUCAUCUACUUUCAUGAGCGUUUUUCCCCCCUAUUCACUUGAUUUUCC